UAGGCUACUUUCAGUAAAAAAAAAACUACAUUGUCGCCGGGAGAAUACGUGUUAUGUGUGGACAAGAGGGUUGUGGUAGGCUACGUGUUGUAUUUGGUAUGUUCAUCUUUUGUUUAAUAGCCUAUCUGUUUUUUCCGUUUAAAGAAGGGACGCUGGAGCAAGAGCGUUGGGCGUUCUAUUAUCCUGCGUGCAGCGGCCAAAAACAGUCCCCAAUUGACAUUCAGCGGCGGAGCGUUAGAUACAACCCCCGUCUGUUGCAACUGGACCUCAGUGGCUAUGAAACGCAAAAAGGAAAAUUUCUCAUGACAAACAAUGGGAACUCAGUUAAAAUCAGCCUGCCUUCUAUUAUGGCGAUCACCAAGGGUCUCCCAGACCGCUACACAGCGGUCCAGAUGCACCUGCACUGGGGGGGCUGGGACAUGGAGGCCAGUGGUUCUGAACACACUGUGGACGGCAUUCGCUACAUGGCAGAGCUCCAUAUAGUCCAUUAUAAUUCAGAGAAGUACAAGAGCUUCAAAGAGGCCAUAGAUAAACCAGAUGGACUGGCAGUUCUUGCUUUUUUCUAUGAGGAUGGAAAUUUUGAGAACACCUAUUAUAGUGAAUUCAUCAACAAUCUGUCAAAGAUCAAGUAUGCAGGGCAGGCCAUGAAUAUAUCUUACAUAAAUGUCCGCUCCAUGUUGCCUGAGAACCUGAACCAUUACUUCAGGUACCAGGGCUCACUGACCACUCCCCCCUGUGAUGAAAGCAUUCUAUGGACUGUGUUUGACACACCCAUCAUCCUCUCUCAUAAUCAGAUCAGGAAGUUGGAGAGUACUCUGAUGGACCACGAGAACAAGACUAUAUGGAAUUACUACCGCAUGACUCAGCCCCUCAAUGACCGUGUGGUGGAAUCCUCCUUCCUUCCUCACCUGGGCAAAGGCACCACCUGUCACCAAGAAGACAUCGAGUCAAAGCUUCUAAAGAUUGAGGGUCUCAUCUCUUCACUAGGAAGGCAGAUUGAGUCAAAGCACCAAGCCCUGUCUCCACCAUUGCUCCAUUUCCCAGAUAGGACUACUGGGAGCUACGUCCUGGCCCACCUGGAGCAUCCCAUGAACCUGCAGUCCUUCACUGCCUGCAUGCGUGUCCGCACAUUGCCUGGUGGCAAGCACACUGUUCUUUCCUACUCUAGCGUGGACAAUGACAACGAGCUGAUGAUUACCAUGGGUUUUGAGGUGGGGUUGUGGAUCGGCAACGAGUUUGUCAACCUGCCACACAGCUUCCAUUCACAAGACUGGGCCAACUACUGCAUCACCUGGUCCUCCCACUCCGGAGGGGCAGAGCUCUGGAUUAAUGGACUAGAAGGGGAGGAGCAGUAUCUGAGGGGAGGGUACACGAUAAGCCCCGGGGGGGUGUUCAUCCUGGGGAAGGACCAAGAUGGCUUCCUGGGCAUCACUUACUUUGCAGGCCAGAUGACGGACGUGAAUGUGUGGGACUACGUGCUCAGUCGGGCAGAGAUAAAGGAGCAGAUGUUGUGUGGGAUUUCCACAAUGAGGGGCAAUGCCUUCAGCUGGGGAGUGACCCAGCUCAGCUUGUAUGGAGGGGUGCAGUUGCAUAUUGACCAAAGGUGCACCUAACUUCACACCACAAGAUCAUGGUGUUGAGUCACAUCACCAGAUCCACAAGCUUUGCACUAUCAACACAACACAGAGCUGUGAGAGUGUUGUGCUAAUGGGUGGAGGCAAUAUCAAAUCAACACUUUGAUGAUCUGUAAAAACUCUCUCUGACAUUGUCAAAUGUUUAAUGAAUAGCAGAUUAUAUUCUAGACGUGGAACACAGGGAGAGAGCUUUCAAAUAUAUCUGCCAAUUAUAAUUUAUAAUCCUCAAUAAAAUUCUAAAUUACUUG